GAGUUGUAGGUUAUUCUCCAUGUGGCUUGUAAGAUCGUCCUCUGCUCUGGAGGCAUCACUUGCCAUCCCCGAGCUCUUAUCCAUACGAGCAGACGUCUGAUCGCCUCGCCGGUGUAUUUGUGGCAGCGCAGGUGGCGACUGUAAGACCAACUAGGGAUGCGUUAUAACCAGCAGCUCCCGGUGUGUUCACGGCGCUCAGCAGCGCACCUUUGUCCACCCGGGGCUGCUCGGAUGCCUCCGAUUUGGAGCGCAAAGUGUCGGCAGCAUAUCUCAGGAAAAAAUCUAAACUAGAGGAGCUUUUGUUGUGUUGUGGCGAUCUGUCAGCGGGAGGUCAGAACUCAGUGUGAGAGCAACAGGGGCACUUUCAUGUACCGGCGGAGAAUCACGCCUGUAGCCCGUUUGACAGACAGCCUGUCUCGGGAGCAGCGGGGAGCGAUGAUGUGCGAUCCAUGAGAGAGAGAGAGAGAGAGAGAGAGAGAGAGAGAGAGAGAGAGAGAGAGAGAGGUGCAUGCUGGAUGAUAAAGGAGCGGAUCCGGGAGGAAAGAAAUUAUUUGGAGGACAGACGCGAGGGGGCGGCGGGACACUCCUGCCUCAGAUCCUCCUGCACCGACGCGCCCGGACGGUGCGUGCGUGAGUGUAUGUAUGUGCGUGUGUGUGUGUGAGUGCGUGUGAGUGUGUUUGUGCAGCGACCAGCUCCGGUAACUUAAUCACAUCGCAGGGUGCGCUCGUAAAAAAAAAAAAAAAAUCGAGGAGAAGUUGGUGUUUUGCAGCCGGUGUCAGCGGCGGAGCGAGGACGCUCAACAGCUCAGAGCGUAAAACUGCGCUGAUCCCGCUUCAGGGGCGCUGGAGGUGGAGGUGGAGGUGGAGGUGGAUGGGGGUCUGGAGCUCCCAGGCUCAGGACAGGAUGGACCUGCUGCUGCUGCUGCUGCCACCUGCGACGGAUGUCAGUGUCAUCCUGUGACAGGAGAGGCCCUGCAGACAGGAGUCGCGCCAGGCACCAUGAGGCAGCAGGCUUGGCCCGAGCGAGCGGAGAAAUCACCCUUCAUCACUCUCAACCAGGCUGGGCAGCGGAAGAAAUGCACACAGAAGCAGCGCAUGCCACAGCAGAGACGGUCUAACACUCACAUCUGAGAGUACAGUGGAGAGCAAAUGGGGAAGGCAGGAAGAGACUGAGCGAGGGCAGUCAGUUACUCAGAUCGCGUCAUCCUAAAUGGCAAAGUGGACCGGGCCACACUCAGAGGCAGCGAUGUCCUUGUUAACACACUGUCCUCCGUUAGAGGCUCCUUGUUAGAAAUCACAAAUCAGUCGCCCCCCCCCCGCCCCUGUGAGGCCUCGGAGCUGAGGGGCAGAGGAGAAGCAAAGCAGAGGACGAGAGAGAGAGACACUGACAAGGAAAUAGAGACUGUGACAGGCCCCCAUGCAGGCGCGUAAGAAGUAUGUUCUGCUGGGCUUGUGUGCGUGCUGCUGGCUGGUCCUCUUUUACUGGGGCGGAGGAGUCCAGCUGCGUCUGCUCCGGCUGCUGACGCGGCACCGGGGGGAGGUGGUGCGCCCCUGGCCCAACUGGACCGACCGGGCCUUUCUGCCCCGCUAUGCCCACCUGGACGAGCUCCAGACGGACCCCGGGACGGCGGAGUCGCCCCGGCAGCGCCGUCAGGCGUGGUCCGCCAUUUAUAAGGACAGCCGCUGCCGCAUGGAGACUUGUUUUGACUUCUCGCGGUGUCGCCGCAGAGGAAGGGAGGGGUUCAGGGUGUAUAUAUAUCCAUCAGAGAAAAAUGAUCGCGUGUCGGAAAGCUACAGGAAGAUCCUGACGUCGAUAGGUGAGUCACGGUACUACACGACAGACCCCCGGGAAGCAUGUCUGUUCGUGCUCGGGAUAGACACCUUAGAUCGGGACCAGCUAUCAGGACAGUUUGUGCCCAAUGUGGAUGAACGUAUCCGUGGUUACCCGCUUUGGAAUGACGGGCGCAACCACCUGAUCUUCAACCUGUACUCAGGCACCUGGCCUAACUACACAGAGGACUUGGGCUUCAACAUCGGCCAGGCCAUCUUAGCCAAAGCCAGCCUCAACACGGAACACUUCAGGCCGGGCUUUGACGUCUCCAUCCCGCUAUUCUCUAAGGACCACCCGCAGAAGGGUGGGGAGCGGGGCUGGCUGGUGAGGAACACCAUCCCGCCACGGAGAAAGUACUUACUGAUGUUCAAAGGGAAGCGUUAUCUGACAGGCAUCGGGUCAGACACCAGAAACGCACUACACCACAUCCACAAUGGGAAGGACAUCGUGUCGCUGACGACGUGCCGCCACGGGAAGGACUGGGAGAAGCACAAAGACGCCCGCUGCGACCAUGACAACCUCGAGUAUGAGAGGUUCGAUUACCAGGAGCUCCUCCACAACUCCACCUUCUGUUUGGUGCCUCGAGGUCGUCGCCUGGGCUCCUUUCGCUUCCUGGAGUCGCUACAGGCCGCCUGCAUCCCAGUGCUGCUGAGUAACGGCUGGGAGCUGCCGUUCUCCGACGUCAUACAGUGGAACCAGGCGGUCAUCGAGGGGGAUGAGAGGUUGCUGCUACAGGUGCCAUCCACGGUGAGAGCGGUGGGAAACGAGAGGGUGCUGGCCCUCCGACAGAGGACCCAGAUGUUGUGGGAGGCCUAUUUUUCCUCGGUGGACAAGAUAGUCCUCACAACACUGGAGAUCAUAAAGGACCGCGUGUUCUCUCACAUAUCGAGGAACAAGUACAUGUGGAACUCCCUGCCAGGAGGCCUGCUGGUCCUGCCAGAGUACUCGACUCACCUCGCACAUUUCCCUUUCUACUACCUGGGACUGGGGGUCAGUCCAGGUCAAGAGUUCACUGCUGUCAUCCACGCUGUGUCCCCAUUGGUCUCUCAGUCUCAGCCAAUCAUGAAGCUGCUGCAGGUGGUCUCAAAGUCAAAAUACUGUUCACAGAUCAUCAUUCUCUGGAACAGCGAGAAGCCACCUCCCAGCCGGAGCAAAUGGCCUCCCAUGCCCGUCCCCCUCACCGUGACAGACGGCAGGAGGAAGACCACCAGUCGGUUCCUACCUCAUGUUGCCAUAGAGACAGAAGCAGUGCUGAGUCUGGACGAGGAUACUGUCCUUCUGACCAGUGAGGUGAACUUUGCCUUCUUGGUGUGGAGGAGCUUCCCCGAGCGGAUCGUGGGCUACCCUCCCCGGAGCCACUUCUGGGAUCCCCUGAAGCGUGCCUGGGGCUACACCUCUAAAUGGACCAACGACUACUCCAUCGUCCUGACUGGAGCUGCCUUCUACCACAGGUACUACCACUACCUGUUCUCCCACUACCUACCCCAGUCUCUGCGGACUCUGGUGGAUCGCACCUCCAACUGUGAGGACAUCCUCAUGAACUUCCUGGUCUCUGCUGUAACCCACCUGCCGCCAAUCAAAGUGGCCCAAAGGAAGCAGUACAAAGAGUUGCCCAGUCCACAGGGUACAAAGAGUGUCCCAUGGGCCAACCCGGAGCACUUCAACCAGCGGCAAGAGUGUGUCAACACCUUCGCCAACUGGUUUGGCUACAUGCCUCUGGUCCACUCUCAGUUUCGCCUGGACCCCGUGCUCUUCAAAGAUCAAGUGUCUGUCCUGCGCAAGAAGUACAAAGACCUGGAGAGAGCGUAAAUGUGGAUGGACAGAAAGGCUGGGUAGCAUGGAGGUCUGGUCUAGUGGCCUUUUGGACAGUCAAAUGGACCAAACAUUGGUGGACAGUCAAGAUGGGACAGUCAAGACUGCGUGUGGACAAAGCGGCAGUGUGGUCCAUUUGUGAAAAGGACAUAAUACAAUCAUCAGACAGACCCUGGCGGACUGUUCUGGACUUAUACAUAUUAAUAUGAAGAGAAAGAGGCCUAUACAAGUUUCAGGGGUUUCAAAUGAUUCUCCUUCCUCUGUGAGUCUGGUGGGACAACAGAGGAGGACAUUUAGGGGCCUUGAAAGAACCUCUGCUGAUUGGGCCUUUAAUUGAGAAAGGACAACCUAUACUGGACAGCAACAAAAAAAGGAACGCGUGUGAACACUGCAGAUGAAGGUGCUAUUGGCGUGACAAUGAGAAAGGGAAUGGCUAUCUCAUGCCAGAAGCACCCAAGGGACUUGCAUUGGUGCCAUGCACUCCACCAGCUGUCAAUGUGUGUCCCAGCGUUACUGCGCAGGGACUGUUGCCGUGGAAACAGAUCAUUUCACAUCAAAAUUCUAACUGUUAAACCAAUAAAAUGAUUUAUAAAUGCAAA